CCUCAGCAUUAUAAAUAAAUCUCACAUCAGAGUCCACUCUUUUGGUUGGAGGUUCGUCGGAUUCUGUGCAAAUCGACGACGAGGCGACCUCCGCGAUCUCCGCGAUCAUAUUUGCAGCGCGCAGCAUGGUAGUCUUGAAGCUCUAAGGGCAACCAUUGUACUGUAGCUGCGCCCGCGUCCUUUCUUUCCCCGAUCCUGAUCCUGAUCCUGAUCCCUUUUGGGAUCGAUCUCCAGCUCCUCGCAGAACGAUACCGUGCCUAGACGACCAGAUCAACGCGCCAAAAAGUACGAAACAGCAGAACGUUCAUGAUGGUCUCUUAUUCUACAGUUGCAAGCGGCAGCGGCAAUGCUUCAGAUUCAUCGCGAGGUAGAAGGCGUCGCUCAAGCCGAUCUCAGAAAGAUCACAACUUUUCAGGCCAAGCCUCCUGGACGAGCUGUGUUAUCAAUCUACUAAACACAAUCGUCGGUGCAGGCGUCCUAAGCACUCCCCUGGCGCUGUCGCAUAUGGGUAUAUUGCUGGGGGUGGCUGUGAUUCUAUGGUCAGGCUUGGCUGCUGCGUUUGGAUUAUAUCUUCAGAGUCGAUGCUCUCGAUACCUUGAGCGUGGCGCCUCCUCCUUCUUCGCUUUGUCGCAGAUCACCUAUCCCAAUGCUGCGGUCAUAUUUGAUGCUGCUAUUGCCAUCAAAUGCUUCGGUGUUGGCGUUAGCUAUCUGAUCAUUAUAGGGGAUCUUAUGCCAGGCGUUAUCAGAGGGUUCAAUGAAGCCGCCGAUGCUGUGCCGUUUCUGGUUGAUCGGCAUUUCUGGGUAACUGCGUUCAUGCUUAUCGUCAUUCCUCUCUCGUUCCUCCGCCGCCUGGAUUCGUUGAAAUACACCAGUGUCAUCGCUUUAAUAUCUAUUGGUUACUUAGUGAUACUUGUCGUCUAUCACUUUGUAGAAGGGGAUACAAUGGCGGAUAGGGGUGAUAUCAGAAUUAUUAGAUGGGGUGGUCUUGUCCCUACGUUGCAAAGCUUCCCCGUCAUUGUCUUUGCAUAUACGUGCCAUCAAAACAUGUUCGCAAUCUUGAACGAGAUCAAGGAUAAUGCACCACGAAAGACUACCGGCGUUAUUGCUGCUAGCAUUGGUUCUGCUGCUUCAAUUUACAUCCUAGUUGCUGUCACCGGCUAUUUAUCAUUCGGCAACAAUGUCUUGGGCAAUAUUGUCGGGAUGUAUGUUCCCUCCAUUGCUUCGACAAUCGCAAAAGCAGCCAUUGUAAUUCUAGUUAUGUUUUCUUAUCCUCUUCAGGUGCACCCCUGCAGAGCUUCAGUCGAUGCGGUGUUAAAAUGGCGCCCAAAUGGCAAGCUGCACAGACAUUCGCCAAAUGGCUCUCCGGCAAGAACAGUGCCACUCCUUGGUGGAACGCCAUCGCAACCUGUGGCAAGGAAUGACACGAUUGGCGAGCUUCGAUUUGCAAUUAUUACAACUGGAAUCAUUGUACUCAGUUACACUGCAGCCCUGACCGUCUCAUCUCUCGACAAGGUGCUCGCAUAUGUUGGUAGCACCGGAAGCACGAGUAUCAGUUUCAUCCUGCCGGGGUUAUUUUACUACAAAAUCUCGGCUCCGGAUUCGAUACAUCACCAGCGCCUGUUGAAGGAGGAUGAUGAGGCCGAAAGUGGUGAUGAAGGGGACCUGGACCCGAGACGUUCCUGGCGCCAAACGCUCUUACGGAAACUUUCACUGGCCCUGGCAUUUUAUGGGAUAUUCGUCAUGAUUCUAUGCUUGGGUACUAAUCUGUUUUUCUCUACAUCCGCUCAUUGAACACAGAAUUUCGGUAAUUAUAAUGAAGUAUGUGUAAGGCGUUAAGGGCC